AUGGCCGAAUUUCAAAGGAAAAUCGAGCUGCAGUCUCCCGAUGACCUCCAGUUCCUCAUCUCCAAUAUCCGACGCGCCGCGAACGAGAAGAUAGACAAGGACCUGCCGCCCAUCGCAGGGGAAGACGAAUUGCGCGAGCGCGUUGAAGAGCUUGUCCAUGCAUACAUCAACAACGUCUUCCAAACCGCCUCCGAAAAUAUCACUAUCAAUGGCCUAGACCCUUCCGAAGAUCUUCUCAAGUCCAUGCUAAGCAAUACAUCCACGAACCCAACGCUAGAGAUCGAGGAGCACGAGCCCUUCAACGCAAAACUGUUCGAGCGCGCCAAAGACCUUGCGCGCCAGGAGGAAGAUCUGAUUGAAGAAAUCGCCUCUUUGCGCCGGAAGGUACCAGCCCAGGUUGCGCAAACAAUAAACAAGGAAUAUAAGGAAGGGAUAGAGGCUGACGAGGGGGUACUAAAUGCGCUGGAAGAGGGCGUGCAGGCUGAGGAGAAGCAAGCGGACUUGGGGGUCGGGAAGUUGGAGAGGCAGGAAGGUGUGGAGAGGGGCUGGGGGAAGGGUGUUAAAGGACUGGAGGGGUUAAUGAGGACGUUGCCUGAGACGCUUGCGAGAAAGGAGAAGGCAGAAAGGGCGGAGGUUUAUAUUGGGAAGGGUGAUAAGCGGUAG